GAGAGGCGGAGCCUGUGUCGAGGCUUCGCGGUUGUCUGGUCUCGCACUGUUUCAAGAUGGCGGCACCGCAAACGAGGCAGGGACGCGGUGUGAGUUUUAUAUAAUGCAGAUAGAAACGGUGCACCGCAUUCAACAAGACGCCUCUUGUGUUAUAUGUAUUGCUGCCAGAGGACUCCACAGGAGGACGUCGCCUAGGUUUUCACAUUAGACUGAAUGCAUUGUGAUUUCCAAUAAUUGAGACAGUGAUUCUGAAAGCUGUCUACAUUAAUGAAAAGAACAAUGUAGUCAGCUUAGCCUGUCCAUCUCUGAUACAAGCCCUAUUCUGGAAUGUGCUUCUGCAUGCAUUCUGGUUGUGUCGUCAGGGUAUAGUGUGAGCUAAUUUAUACGAUUUUUGAAAAGGUUUGAAUUCCACAUAAGAAAAUGGAGCUAGAUGACGUUCUACCCCCUCUCCCUUUGGAGCCCCCCAAUGAUUUUGGCCAAACUGAGGGCCAAGCACCUCCACCACCUCCCCUGCAAACGUCCAGUGACGCAGAGGUAAUGGACGUUAGCUCUGGUGGUGAUGGAUACAUAUGCACCCCAGGGGAAGGGGACAUCGAACCACCGCAGCCCCUCGACAUUGGCACAGUUGCUUUCUGUAGCCAGCCCUCGAACGAGGUCACUUACAACCCGCCGUGCCCCAAAACGGGCCGCCACGCGCCCCCCGUCAACAAGUUUCUUCCAAACCUCAAGCUGCUUCGAGACGUUAAGAUUCGCGUCAGCUUCACCGAAAGCAGCAGUAGCAAAGACAGGAAGGUUUUAUAUACAGGCGAAGGGCAAGAGCGGCGUGCCGACGACGCUUUAGAAAACCUCAAUGGUGAGUUGGAUUUCUCAAGUGAUCAGGAGGUCGCUGAGGGUAGCUCGGCAAUGGCAUUCGGAGCGAGUAUGGUUGAGGAAGCGCAGGUAGACCAUGAGGACAAAGUAGAGUACGCUGUCCUAGAUGAGUUGGAUGACCUCUAUGAGAAUUUUGUCAAUAAUGAAGAUGGAGAGAAUGGCGGUUUUAAAUCUGAGGUCAUAAUUCAGCAAGAGCAAGCAGAUGAUGAGGCCAUGGCUUUCUCGUAUGAGGAGGAGUUUGACAAUGAUGUCGAUGCCUUGUUGGAGGAGGGAAUGCCAGUCCCAAAAAAGAUGCGUCUGGCAGAAGACAAGAAUGCUGGUGACAGUGAUCACCAGUCAGAUGAAGAAGGUGGUGUUCAGCCCAUGAUGACCAAAAUUAAAACUGUCCUUAAAAGUCGGGGACGUCCACCCACCGAGCCUCUUCCUGAUGGCUGGAUCAUGACAUUCCACAACUCGGGCAUUCCGGUGUACCUGCACAGAGAGACCAGAGUAGUAACUUGGUCCAGGCCCUACUUCCUUGGGACUGGCAGCAUAAGGAAACAUGACCCUCCAACCAGCAGCAUCCCCUGCUUACACUAUAAGAACAUGAAGGAUCGAGAGGAGAAAGAACUGAAUGGUGAGAUGGCUCUUCGAGCUGAAGAAUCUCUUAAAAAGUCAAGCGCGGAGGCAAAUGGUGAAGAACUUGCAGGGGAGCCCGACAACACCGCCGGGGUGCAGGUUGAUACACCUGCACCCUGUCUUGCUGAUGCUGGCUUAGAUUGUGAUGUGACCGCCAACCACACCCAGCCUGCUAAAGAGGCCCUGCCAUGGGACAUUGCCCAAGGAGCCUUAGGACAAGUCAGGGCAAAAGUUGAGGUGUGCAAGGAUGAGUCAAUAGAACUUGAAGACUUUCGCCUGUACCUGGUAAAGUGCUUUGACUUUGAACAAGUGACCGUGAAGAAGUUCCGCACAUGGGCUGAGCGACGACAGUUUAACAGAGACAUGAAGAGGAAACAGGCUGAGUCGGAGAGGCCUAUCCUGCCUGCAAACCAGAAACUCAUCACACUGUCAGUCCAAGAUGCCCCCACUAAGAAAGAAUUUGUCAUCAAUCCCAAUGGGAAGUCUGAAGUUUGCAUCCUGCAUGAAUAUAUGCAGCGUGUCCUAAAAGUUCGUCCUGUUUACAACUUCUUUGAAUGUGAGAACCCAAGUGAACCCUUUGGUGCGUCAGUCAUUAUAGACGGAGUCACUUACGGCACAGGCACUGCAAGUAGUAAAAAACUUGCCAAGAAUAAAGCUGCAAGAGCCACACUGGAAAUUCUUAUCCCGGACUUUGUGAAGCAGACUUCUGAGGAAAAGCCUGCAGAGGCAGAUGAACUAGAGUAUUUUAACCAUAUCAGUAUAGAAGACUCGAGAGUGUACGAGCUGACCAACAAAGCGGGGCUCCUUUCGCCAUAUCAGAUUCUUCAUGAGUGCCUUAAAAGAAAUCAUGGAAUGGGAGAUACCAGCAUUAAAUUUGAGGUGAUUCCGGGGAAGAAUCAGAAGAGUGAAUAUGUGAUGACUUGUGGGAAGCAUACUGUGCGUGGUUGGUGCAAGAACAAGAGGGUUGGUAAACAGUUGGCCUCACAGAAGAUUUUGCAGAUGCUUCAUCCUCAUGUGAAGAACUGGGGCUCACUGCUGCGAAUGUAUGGCCGCGAAAGCAACAAGAUGGUCAAGAAGGAGAGCUCUGACAAAAGUGUGAUUGAGCUGCAGCAGUUUGCCAAAAAGAACAAGCCAAACCUUCAUAUUUUGAACAAACUGCAAGAAGAGAUGAGGAAACUGGCUGCACACCGGGAGGAAACCAGGAAGAAACCCAAGAUGACCAUCAUGGAGUCUGCCCAGCCAGGGAGUGAACCUCUCUGCACUGUUGAUGUUUAGGUCCACACACACACACACACACACACACACACACAUUCAGCACUGUGGCGUAAUCGCCACCUAGGAACAUAUCGUUAUUGCUUUUAGAACCGCUUGCUUCUUUUUCCCCCCAUGUGUAGUUGGAUUGAGUGGUAGACAUCAGGGUAGGACACAAUGCACAAACAGAACAUAGAGCAAAUACCAUCUACCUCUCUAGAUGCAUCUCGCUAUGGUACAGGGAAAACAAAUCCCCCAGGGUGCACUGCAGACAAGGUAGCAUGGCUUACAAAACUACAAUGCAUGCACAUUUGACUGCAAAACACUACCUACCAUGCGUUUGUUUUAAUGUCCGCAUUUCCGUACUCGCACCUGUGUUUCUAUUAGUGGGGUAAGGGACUGGUAUUUGUGCCAUUUCAAUCUGAGAGGAACAUUUUUUGUGUAUUUUAUUGGUUAAUUUCGGUGGGUACAAAUAUGCUGUUUUGUCCUCAGAAUGGUCCGAGUGUCCUGUUCUUAAAUCACUGCUUUGGGCUGAUCUUUUCAAUUCAAGCAGAUUUGUCAUCUUGGCUCGUGUUACAACACAUCCACUUUAAAUUAGCGUACUAAUGCCAUGCAAAUUACCAUUUUGUUGGCUUAGCAUUUUCCGGUGCACUCGCACUAAAAUGAUCUCAUCUACAUGUUGCCUUAGUUGAUCCAUUCAUAAAAAGGACUGGGCCGUAUCGAUUGGACCUAAAACUUGAAACAGAAAGUAAAAGACCAAGUCCCCUCUACAAAAUAAAGCAUUUAAUCGUCUCGCACAUCUAGUUUUGUCUGUCCACAGCAUGUGCAAAGGCGUGUCUUAAUGUUGCGUAUCGUUUUUGUAUGUUAACUUUUCUUGUGAGAGUUGAACCGUGCGUCUGAUCUUAACUACAAUAUUUUGUGCAGAAUGCAACCUUGCAAAAUUAAGCUGGCUGACAUGGACAUCAUGCCGUCAAGUCAUUAAAUCCAGCACAAGCUUAUGAAACAGUAUACCAAAGCCCGAAUUGAGUCAAAUGCAUUUUAUAGACUACCUAAUGUUGCUGCAAACUACCGACAAAACCGUAAAAAAAGGAAAAAUACUUGCUAAAAUGUAACUGCUGUGUAUUAGGUAUUUUGGCUCGUGACGUCAUUCACACACGCUGUUGUGAUUUUAUUUUGAAAAAUGUGUCAGUGUGAGAAUUGUUAUGCUUUUUGACUUGUACCAGUGAUUUGAGAGAUUGUUGCCAAGAAUAUGAAGUAUGUUUUGCAUCAUGAGCUCGAUGACUGGUGAUAUUUAUGCAAAAUAAAAAUGUCUCGACUAGAAA